AGGUGUGGCAGUUGCAUUGGUUCUGCCAUGUCACAUUUGUUUUCUUUUGGGGUCCAUAUGGCUCACCUGUGGCUGCUGGUGGUCAUGACCUGGGGUCUCCUGGUUUGGGGAUGGGAUCAGGAAGGUGAAACAUCACUUUCUGUAGAACUGAAACCCGAGACUGGGGUGUUGGAUGAUGCCGAUGCGAAAAGCAGUCAAUACAACAAUGACGGCGAAGGGACUUUACCUGAUCCUGAGGAACCCGAUCUGGGAAAGGGAAGUUGGGCAACAAGCAGAACUCAGGAGGACUCUGUCGAGCCCUCCUCAAGGGUAUGUAAGAGCGCCACUGAUUCCACCCCGAGCCCAUUGCCUCGCUCAGGCGACCCACCUAGGGCACCCGCGUCAAGGUGUCGCACACCGCCACCCCUGCAAACGCCACCAAGGGCUCAACACUGUACCGUGGCCCCCGAAGAACAACUGCUUUGUGGCCAUUCCGGAAUUUUGCCCGUUGACUGCGAGGCCAUGGGAUGCUGUGUGAAUCUAACUUCGCAUACAUGCUUCUAUCCAAUGGAUGAGUGCACGGUAGAUCUCCAUUUUGUUUUCAUUAUCCGGUCCACAUACGCAUCCAUGCCUGUUGACCCCACCCAGCUUGUGAUUCCCGGAACAAAGUGCAAACCCGCUGUGGUGAAUUCCAACUUUGCCAUCUUUAAGUUUAAAGUAACAGAGUGUGGAACGCAUAUGUAUGAAAUUGGCUUGACAAGGUUCUACCUGGCUGAGGUCCAGACACUAGUCCAAGCUCUCAACCUCAAGUAUGGCAUCAUCACAAGAACUGAUCCGUUAAGGUUCCUGGUGGAGUGUCGCUACGGAUUGGCUGCCCGUGACCAGCAGCCGUUGGCCAGCGUCGGCUUCAUGGUGAAGAUCCCAAGUCGCAAUGUGCCGACGUCCAUCUACUCUGAUGGUUUAUACGGUGUUCAAUUGAGGAUCGCAACAGAUAAGACCUUUUCUACUUUCCUGCCUUCUUUCCCUAAAUUGCGGUACAUCCUUGGCAAACCUGUGUAUUUGCAGCUGCGACUGUUUUCUCCCAAACCCAAAGCGACCAUUCUGGUCAAGUACUGUCUGGCGUUCCCUCGCUCAGCAAAAAAUGCCCUGGUGCUCGUUUACGAAGGGUGUGCCAAUCCUUAUGAUCCAAGUGUGGCCAUUCUGCAAGUGAGCGAUUUGCCCCAAAAUCGCCAUCAGAGGCAUUUUGAGGUCAAGGCAUUCCAGUUUAUGGAUGUUAAGACGAAGAGGUACCUCGAUGAGCAAAUCCACUUUAUGUGCUCUUCUGAAGUUUGCUGGUCAGAUGAGAAAACUUGCGAAGAGCGCUGCUUUGAUGGAAAAGAAUCUUAAGGACUCGUAGCCUAUGGACGAAAACCUACAUUUUAUUGUACAUUAAAUAAAGUUGCCAAAUGUA